AUGGGAAAUCGAACAAAAAAGGCAUUUGCUGCUGAUGACGACAACUUGCAACAGCAACAACCAUUUCUAGAACCUGCCGAGGCAGCAGCAAAUGCAACCACAACCACCGAAAAGCCUCAGACAACUAAGAAACCCGCUGAUCCGACGACAAAAGCGGCAGCGACGACAGUGAAGCCUCCCACUCCUAUCAACGUCACCGUCACUGUCGGUUAUAUUCAAUUCCAAACAGGUCAAGCACCAACUUAUGUGAACAAAAACACUCAAGCCGUCGUGGUCUUCUACUUGGAGCAAUCCUCGUGGCUUUUCGUCGUUCGGUGUUACAAGAAAUCAAAACUCAGAGCUGCUGGCAUGUAUCCAACUCGUGAUAUCAGCCAUCCAGUUCCUAAUCGCAACACCGUAUAUUACGACAAUGGUGGCACACUCAGCAGUCCGGCCUCAAACCCUCGUCUUGGAAUACCGUCCUAUCGCACGCAGGAUACUCAACCACCCUUGCGACUCGAUUCGCUUUCGCCACGUCAACAACAACCAGUCAUCACACCGAAUUUGGUACCAGUUACGACGACACAACCGCGUCCGAUUUCGACAGCCUCAACGGUGACGCCAGCGCCAUUAAAUAACUGGCCCGAUCAACCAGCACAGCCGAUUAAGAAUAUUAUGGACAGCGACAUUUGA